AAGCGAAGUCCCACAUUCUAAUUGGUCAAGGAUCUGGGGUUUUUGAUUCCUCACCGCCUCCUUCUCUUUCUCUCUCUCUCUCUCUUUCUCACACAAACACAAACACACACACACUCUCUCUCUCUCUCUCUCUCUCUCUCUGUGUUUCCUAUUAUAUUUUGUCAUCCUUGUUUUUUUCUCUACAUUGGUGUUGGUGUUGGUGUUUGUGUUUGUGUUUGUUGCAUGUGUGGGUCAAGAGACGCUUGAAUUUGUCUUUCACCUUUCUCCUCUUCACUAACCCCCAUUCCCCACAUACACACAAUUUCCAGUUCUAGCCCAUAUCUCAUUAGCUUCCCUCUGUUUCUCUCUGUACCUGGUUUUGUUAAAAAAAAAAAAAAAAACCCACACACACACCCAAAUACCCAAAAAAAAACCUUUCUUUCUUCUCAGUUCUCACUUGGUCUCCCUUUAAUUUCCUUGUUUUUGGUAUGUUAAUUUGAUCUGCUUCAUCCUCCUCAAAAGGGUCUGUUUUGAACUUUCAUUUACUCCCUGAUUACCUCAAUUGUUCAAUCUGAUUUCUAGUGCUGUUUUUGUUAUCUUUGCCACACGAAUCAAGGGUUUUCUUUUUCUUUUUUGUUCUUUUGGGGUUUGUUGCCAGGGUUUCCUUUAGAUUAAUUAGGCUCCUUUUCUAUCUUUUUCAGGGGGAGAAAAAAAAAAUUUAUGGGUAUGAUUGAGUUUGUUGUUUCAGACUAGGUCUCUUUGGCAUAGGGUUUUUGUUCUUUCUCUUGGUCCCCAAGAAUCAAGAAUGCCUCUAGAUUUUUCUUGCAGUUCAAUCAAGAAUAUGUCUGAAUUGGAGGCCUCUUAUUGCGAAGGAAUGGAUGGGUCUGAGUUGGCUUAUGGUGAUCCGGUUGGUGAUGAUGUUAUUGACAAGUUGCCUAUUGAUCCUUUUGGAAUGGAUAUAAAGUCUAGGAUUAGGAUCACGGGUUGGUUUCAAAACUUGGGAGAGAAAUCUGAUUUGGGUUCUAUUGGUUUUGGGGUUGAUGAUGCUGAGAAAAAGAUGGGUGAUUAUCAUCAGCUAUUCACAGGGCUGAAUUGGGUGUGGAAUGGUUCUAUGAAGUUUGGACCAGAAUUGGGUAACAUGAAGAUUGGUGGGUUAUCAAUUCCAUGUGAUGAGUUUAAUGGUUGUGGUGGGGUUGAGACUGGAUUGCUUGAGGGUGUUUUUGGAUUGGAUGGAAAUGUGGAUGAGUUUAUGAGUUUUAGCCAUUUGGGCAACUGGUUUCGUAACAAAGGAGCUCAGGAAUUGAAGGAUUUUGGGAAUGGGAAAACUAGUUUUGAUGGUGAAGGAGGUGCACCUCAUGAUGCCAUGAGUUUUGCUUUGGGCUAUUUGGGUGUGCAGGACCUUCUGAAUGUAGAAAGGGUUUGCAAAUCUUUGCGUGUUAUGGUCAGGAGUGAUCCUCUUCUAUGGAGGAGUAUUAACAUCGAUCAUCCGUUGAGUGGGAGGAUCACUGAUGAUGCUCUUCUGAAGUUAGCUGACAGGGCUCAAGGCACUCUUCAGUGCUUGAAUUUAUUGGGGUGCAUGAGAAUCACAGAUGGUGGUUUGAAGCGUGUGCUUGAAACCAAUCCAAGACUGACAAAGCUAAGUGUGCCAGGAUGUGUCAGACUUAGUGCUGAUGGCAUGUUGAAUAACUUAAGGGCCUUCAAGUCUGUUGGCUCACCUGGAAUAAAGCACUUAAGAAUCGCUGGUGUCCGUGGUGUAACAGAAGAGCAGUUCAAAGAAUUGCUAUUCUUGCUGAAUGUAGAUAAUCGUGUGCAGCUGAAUGCCCGCAAACCACAGAUUUAUUGUGGGGGGAAUUCAUAUCUCUCUUGUGAUGAUGAUCGUGCCAUUGAUAUUGAGGUCUGCCCCAAGUGCCAGGAAUUGAGACUAGUUUUUGAUUGUCCAGCAGAGAGUUGCCAGGGGAAACAUCAGGCUGCUCAGUUGUGCAGGGCUUGCAUACUCUGCACAGCACGUUGCAUCAAUUGUGGACGCUGCAUUAAGGACCAUGAUUAUGAGGAAACAUUCUGUCUAGACUUACUUUGUUUGGAUUGUUGGAAUCAGCUACUUGAUUGCCAAGAUGGGCCAGGCAAAGAAGGUUCUUCUAAGGCACUAUCAUUCACCAAGCCAGCUACCAGUUUUGCUUUUAUGGCUGAUGGAGAAGAUAUUGUAUAUUGUCAGUUGCUGUUGGUUUUGGAGUAGAAUAUGCAUCAUUUGCUGUCCAUUGAGUGAUUUAAAAGCCCUCAAAUGCCAAAGGUGGAAUCUGCUGUUGCCAUGAAGAACACGCAACUUUUGAAUGCAGAGAAGAAAAUGAACUUGUAGCAGACCUAUAACUGCAUAGUUCGUGCCCUGUUAACACCUAGUAAGCACAGACACUUUAUUUCGUACUUGUGUCAUAUCCGUGUCGUACCAGCGUCAUACCGGUGUCGUACCAGCCGUUUCAUGUUAUAAUUUUUCAGAAAUUGCUUGUGUCAUACCCGCUCUGGUGUCCGUGUCCGUGCUUUCUAGGUUAACACUAUCUUAUAUAGGAAUCUAGCUUAGGAUGUUGUUAGGGGAAGUUUUUAAAAGGAAAUAAAUAGGACAAAGAAGAAGAAGAGAUUUAAAAUAAAGAGAAAAAAAGAUGGAUGAAAGAUGGGGAAUAAAAGGGAAAAAAAGAAAGAAGAAAAAAGAGAAGGGUUGUGGGGAUUCUGGUAAAACCAAAAUUGAUAGUUUUUGGUUUCUAAUUUUUAUUUCUAGUAAGGGAAAUUUCAUGCAUCAGUGGCUCCUAUCCUCCAUAUUUGCAUCGUCUGAGGACAAUGAAGAUGUUAUUUUGUAUGCGUGGCUGUGGAAGCGAGGUAGCAUCUGUUGCUGUUAAUGGUUGCUGAAGUGACUGUUGUUAUAAAAGUUGGAAUUCAUUUGAUCGAUGCAGAUGAGGAGUCUUAUUGUCAGCAGCAAGUACUGGAAGUAGUAGGGCAUUCGUGUUCUGUGUUAACUUUGUGAUAUAUGCAGUAAUGUUGGCAGUUGUUGCAGCUGGACUGAUCUUUUAUUUUUUUCAUGGGAUCUUUUUGUUGCAAAGCUGUACAGUAUCAAACUAUCAAUUUUUAGUCUAGUAUUCCAGUUUGUAUUAUGUUUUGUUCUUGCUUCUUGGCAACCUCGUUGUCUUACACUUGACCAGAAAAUGACGGAUGAUCAUAUAUCCGUUUUUGUAUGUAGUAUCUCAUUUUUGAUAAUGUAACCUUAGUCCUUUUUACAUUA